UCCAUCUCACCAUCCCCACGACGAUGAGAAAUGCCAUCAUCAAAGACAAGGCUGACAAGGAUCGUCAGCGCUUCAUCGACUCCAUCGACUCCGAAGCUAUAUGCCGUCUCGCCUCGUCCUACCACGCAGGCCUUCUUCCGUGCAAGACGUUUGGGUCCCCCAAACACGGCUCCUUCAAUGUCUGCGUCUUUGUCGAGUUUGAUGCUUCCCCGCCGGAGAGAUGGGCCGUCCGAAUUCCCCUGCCGGCGCGCGCCACCGCCUGGAUCGACGAGAAGAUUGAGAUUGAGCUGGCCACCAUGAGGUAUGUCGCUGCUAAAACCACCAUCCCCAUCCCCCGCGUGCACGCCUACUCCUUCACCGAGGGCAGUCCGAUCGGCACGGCCUUCAUCAUCAUGGACUACGUUCAGGGCCGGACCCUCAAGGACCUCGGCUUCAAGAAGGAGAAGAGAUGGCGUAGCUACACCCGCCCGACCGAGGCGACGAGCAAGCUCCACGAGCAGCUCGCCGACGUCUACGUGCAGCUCCGUCAACUCGAGUUCCCCGAAAUCGGCGCCCUCGGGCUGCCCAUCGUAGAUGGAAAGCCAUCGUAUGAUUGCGAGCCUGACGACAUCCGCGUGUGCCACCGGCCUUUAUCAAUUGAGAUGAUGAUGCAGGAGCUCGAGGGGAUGGAUCCCGGCGCGAGGAUCAAGCCUAGAACCACCUUUUCGACAGCCAGGUGCUUUGUAGACGCUCUGUUCUGGCUGGCUGACAACGAGUUCGACAAAUCCCCCGAUAUAGGACUCGACACUCGCGCGGGCCGGGCCACCCUCUACGCGAGACACCAGUUUCGCCGUUUCGUGCUUGAUACUUGGGUCGACUCCGCCGCUGACAGGGGGCCCUUUGUCCUGAUGCAUGGGGAUAUGCUCAUGCUGAUGAGUAACUUGCUCUUCGAUGAGGAGCUUACCCUCAUCGGCGUCCUAGACUGGGAAUGGAGCUUUGUCGUUCCGGCGCAGAUGCUCGUCCCGCCCGUCUGGCUGACCGGCGGCGGGCCCGACUUUAUGCUCCUCGGCAAGAGCCUCUUCUACACCGAGGCCGGGCGUCUCGUCGCCGCCGUCAGGGACCGCGAGCGAGCUCUCCCGCCGCCGAGGCGACUCUCCCAGGAGUGGGCCACCAAGAUGGAAACGUGGUGCCACACGGCCGUAGUGAUGGCCCUGCUGAGCCCAGACCUGACGCACGACGUGUACUGGGACCUGGUGUUCUACGAGGUCGAAGAGCCGAGGUCGGAGGAACCCGAUUUCAGGACGUUCUACAUGGAGGCCAUCCACCCGCGCCUGACGGCCUUUAUGAUGGAGUCCCCAGAGCGGAAGGCUUUGAUCGCCCGCGAGGAGGAGCAGAGGCGCUUCUUUGAGGACGAGAAAGAAUACUUUAAGAACUCAUUUUCACGAGAGAUAGCAGAAGAGGGUUGCUAGAUGGCGCUUUUUUUUUCUUACUUUGAAUGGAUCCAUUCACUCGCGAGUAGUCUGC